AUGGCGCCGGAGUUCUCAUCAACUUCACUUCCAUCGGGAUCCAAAGUUUCGCCGAUUGAUCGAUCGCUCCGACUCACGAGCGUUGGUCCUUCGAUCGGGAUCGGGGUGUAUCGGCACGGUCCCGGGAUGGGAUCGGGGAUCAUCAGUGCCGACUAUGACAACGAUGGAGACGCGGAUCUUUUUGUACCGACACGAUCGGGAUUCACAAGUCAGCUCUAUCGCAACGACGGCGGGACAUUUACUGAAGUUGCGGUCGCAUCGGGACUCACGGAUACCAACACCGCUCGCUCGGCGCUGUGGUUUGAUGCCGAUGGAGAUGAUCUGCUGGACCUGCUCAUUCAGUUUGACCAGUUUCAAGCGCCGGGGACGAUCGGAACUCGGACAUUGGCGCUGUACCAACAGCAAACGGAUCAUUCGUUCGUGGAAGUGACGACGGGGUCGGGGCUGGAUUUGAUGCCGUUGCUUGUGCCUCAGACGCAGGGCGGGGCGAUGUGUGCCGGGGAUCUGAACGGCGAUGAUCGGCUCGACCUGGUCGUGACGACGUGGGAUCAGGGCGCACGGAUCUUUCGCAAUGAUGGAAACAUGGUUUUUACGGACAUCACUGGGGACUCGCCGCUGAAUCCGAGCGGGACGACGUACUGGCAGCCCGUGAUGUUUGAUCAGGAUGGAGAUGGGGACCUCGAUGUGUUUGUUGCGCACGACUUCUUUGCCAAUCCGAUGCUCGACAACGACGGGACGGGGGCAUUCAUUGAUACCGCGCCGUCUCUGGGACUCGAUACGGACUUCAACGAGAUGGGGGUGACCAUCGGGGAUUGCGACAACGAUGGGGACUUUGAUCUUUAUGUCACCAACUUGUUUGGUCAUCCGGGCGGGGUGAGCGAAUACAACGUGUUCUUUGAGAAAUCCGACACCGCUGCGGGUUAUGUCGAGCGCGCGGUUGAGCUCGGCGUGGACAACGGCGGAUGGGGAUGGGGCACGGUGUUCUUUGACAUGGACAACGACGGCCGUCUCGAUCUCGCGGAGGUCAACGCGAUCGAGUUUGGGGAAGCGGAUCAGCCCUGGAAGCUGUGGAUGAAUCGGGGACCGAUGGUCGGGACGCCGGUGUAUCAAUCGCGCGAGGAGCAGAUCGGGUUUGCGUUCCAGGACUAUGGCUCGGCGCUGAUGGAUGUGGACUUUGAUCGCGAUGGGGAUCUUGAUCUCGUCGCGACUGUGCUCAAUGGUCCGGUGCGCGUGCUGGAAAGCAACGCAACCAGCGCUCGUCCUUUCAAUCAAUGGUUGGUCGUGCGACCACGCAUGCCUGGGACGAUGAACACGCGUGCGAUUGGCGCGGUGGUGACCGCUCGCACGGGCAACGUGACACACACUCGACUCAUCAGCGCCGGAACAAGCUUUAUGUCGCAGGUUCCCGCGGAAGCCCACUUCGGACUGGGGAACGCGACGAGUAUCGACGAGCUUGUCGUCCGCUGGCCCAACGGGACUCAGACAGUCCUGACCGAUGUGGACACGCGUCAGGUGCUGGACGUGACCCCUACGGAUGGGAUGGGGCUGAUCGAACAGAUCGCGCCGGAUCUGAGCGAUCGCAUCCGAGAUGCUGAGCGUUGGUGCUUUGGUGCCUUUGCUCAUCGACGCGAGGGUGACCUGCGCGACGAGCUGGUCGGCGAGCUGAUUGAGCGCCGAUGGGAGCUGCGGACCGCCGGCGGUGGACUCAUCGAAGUUCUUGGUUGGAUUCCCGUUGUCCAUGUUGGCGCGGAGCGCGGUGUUGAUGGGGAUCGAUCCGAGGUACGGGAGUCCGAGGCGCUGCGCCAUCUGCUGGGCGCCGCCUUUGCCGAAGAUGUCGUACUCUUUGGCCUGACCAUUCUCGUCUGGGUCUCCGAUGAAGAAGGACAUGUUCUCGACGACGCCGAGGGUAUCGACUCCGAGCGACUCAAACAUUUUCGCGGCUCGGACCGCGUCGUCCUGCGCAACCUUCUGAGGAGUACAGACGAUGACAGCGCCGGAGAGCUGGACGGACUGCGCGAGCGUAAGCGGGACAUCACCCGUUCCAGGAGGGAGAUCGAUGAUGAGGUAAUCGAGCUCCCCCCACUGCGUGCGUUCGAUGAGUUGGUGGAACGCGCCGUGCGCCAUUGGCCCGCGCCAUAUGAGGGGUUUGUCGGAUUCGACGAGCUUACCCAUCGUGAUGGAUUUGACGCCGUGGACGAGGAAGGGUUGGAGGACGCCGUCGAGAACGGUCUGGUUGAUCGCGACGGUGGACUUCCCAACGCCGCCUUUGCCUGCACCAACCGCGAUGAUGUGCUUGACGACCUCUCCGGCGUGGUCCACGAAGUCGAUGACGAGUCCGAGGUUGUCAACGCCGUUGUCCUUUGCGGUGGCGCGGAUGAGCUGCUCGGCGAACUUCCCCAUGUUCGACAGGGUGUUGCGGUCCGGCUGGGGUUGGUCUGGGUGUCCUUGCGUGUAGCAGAUGCGGACCGAGGCGUCGGAAUCGCAGACAGCGAUGUUCAUGACACAUUCGCGGCUGACGAGGUCUCCGCCGUCGGGAUGGGAGACUCCGGAUAA